AGUUCAUGCAUAAGGAUACCUUAAAAAUUUUGUUGGCAAAAUGGAGGAGUCCAAAAUAUAUUACACUCUAGGAAAGAGGUUGACAAAAUCAAGCAAAGGGUGAUUGUGUGACCCACACAACUGGAUGCCUUUCUAUUGGGAUCCAUGAGGCUCGACUGGCGGCUAAAAGAGGAGGAGUUAGGCCGACACCUUUAGAGUCGUACUUGUUAACUCACACGACUCACCGACCUGAUGCUCCAGAAGAUGCCCCACCUGCUUGGAUAUGUCCAUAGGCUGAGCAGACAUAUAACGAUGCUCACCAAAAAUAUGUGGAGAAGCAUGGGCCAAAUAAGGAUUCAUGGCCAGAAUGGGAUCCACUUAUCUGGAAGGAGGUGGUUGGACCUCCUAAAAAGGGUCAGAUGAGAGGGAUGUCUACAUUACAAGAUCCAACAGAACAUGGCAUCCCUUGGCGACGAUAUGACAUGAGUGACGCCUCCUCUUCUACCACCAGGAUUUUUACGACACAGGUUCAGUAGUUGCAGUCUGAGUUUACUCAAGUUUGAGAAGAAAUGGCUGAGCAAGUUCAGAUAGAGGUAGCCGCAUGUAUUCAUGCAGAGGUAUCACAGAGAAUAUCAGAGAUGGAGGCCAGCUUUGAGAGGAGAUUCCAAGAGCACAUGCGCUUACUUAGCCAGCAAUAUUCUAUGACACAACCCUAGACUGGUUAUCCUUCUUCUGCACCGCCCCAGACUACUGAUCCUUCUUUUGAAGGAUUUAGACCUGAUCACUUACCACCUCAUAGUUAGAGAUAUUGAUAUUUGAAACUUAUAUUAUAUAUGUUUAUAUAUAUGUACUACAUAUGUAGAUAUAUGGUAUGUAGGAUGAGAAGUUAAUAUAUAUUUUAUUAACUU